AUGGGUUCCGGAGGAGACAAGAUCACCGACCUGUCAAAGGACACCAAAGAGCCUACCGAUAAGACACACAUCACCAGCGACUAUGGCGUCAAGCUGCCUGACCCCGAACACUGGUUGAGCGUCUCCAGUGAGGACCGCCAGGGACCCAGUCUAAUCGAGGACCCCUUUUCCCGUGAAAAGAUCACUCGUUUCGACCAUGAGCGGAUCCCCGAGAGGGUUGUCCACGCCCGUGGCACUGGCGCAUUUGGAACGUUCCGCCUGCAUGAGAGCCUCAGUGACCUGUCUUUCGCCCCCGUACUGAACGACACAUCUCGGGAGACCCCUGUCUUCUUGCGUUUUUCAACCGUGCUUGGAAGCCGUGGCAGCGCCGACACGGUGCGAGACGUCCGUGGUUUCGCCGUCAAGUUCUACACCGACGAGGGCAACUGGGACAUUGUGGGCAACAACAUUCCAGUCUUCUUCAUUCAGGACGCAAUUAAGUUCCCCGAUGUCAUUCACGCCGGUAAACCGGAACCGCACAAUGAGGUUCCUCAGGCCCAAAGCGCCCACAACAAUUUCUGGGACUUCGUCUUCCACCACACCGAAGCCUCGCAUAUGUUUAUGUGGACCAUGUCAGACCGUGCAAUCCCUCGGUCGUAUCGCAUGAUGCAAGGUUUCGGCGUCAACACGUAUACCCUCAUUAAUGCCCAAGGCAAGCGGUCUUUCGUCAAAUUCCACUUCACACCGGAGCUUGGCGUUCACUCGUUGAUUUGGGACGAGGCUCUGAAGCUCGCUGGCCAAGACCCUGAUUUCCACCGCAAGGACCUUAUAGAGGCAAUCGACAACGGAGCUUAUCCCAAGUGGAAAUUCGGCGUUCAGGUCCUCGGCGAGGAGGACCAGGACAAAUUCGAUUUCGACAUCCUCGACGCCACCAAAGUUUGGCCCGAAGACCUUGUUCCCGUUCGUUACGUGGGUGAACUUGAGCUGAACCGCAACGUCGACGAAUUCUUCCCGCAGACGGAACAGGUUGCCUUCUGUACAAGCCAUCUUGUUCCAGGCAUCGGUCACUCCGACGACCCUCUUCUGCAGGGCCGUAACUUUUCUUACCACGACACACAGAUCAGCCGAUUGGGCGUUAACUGGCAGGAGCUACCCAUCAACCGACCAGUUUGUCCCGUCAUGAACUUCAACUCAGAUGGUCAGAUGCGCCACACCAUUCGCAAGGGCACUGUCAACUACUGGCCUAACCGGUUCUCGAAGAAUCCCCGGGCCAAGCCAAAUGAGGGGUCCUAUAUCGAGUACCAGCAGAAGAUCGAGGGCAUCAAGCAACGUAUCAAGAGCAAGAAGUUCAGUGAGCAUUUCAAACAGGCGAUGCUUUUCUACAACAGUUUGAACACGCAGGAAAAGACGCACUUGAUGAGCGCAUUUGGCUUCGAGCUGGAUCACUGUGAUGACCCUAUCGUCUACGAGAAUCUCGCCACGCGUCUUGCCGACAUCGACAUCGACCUGGCCAAGGACGUCGCCGAGCUGGUGGGCGCAAAGGUGCCUGAGCAAAAGGCCAACCCAAACCAUGGCAAGAAGUCGAAGGGUCUAUCUCAGUUCGACUUCCCGCCAGCGAAGACCACCGUCAGCAGCCGUCGAGUGGCAAUAAUUAUCGCCGACGGAUACGAUUCUACGGCCUUCACUGCCGUCAAGACCGCUGUUGCUUCGUCGCAGGGCAUUCCUAUCAUAAUCGGCACCAAGCGGAGCGAGAUCUUUGCUGCGGGUCAGAAGAGGGAACAGGGCAAGGGUAUCCGGCCAGACCACCACCUGGAGGGCUACCGGUCGACUAUGGUUGACGCGGUGUUCGUUCCUGGCGGCAGGGAAUCCAUCGACACGUUGAAGAAGAACGGCCGUGCUCUGCAUUGGGUGCGCGAGGCGUUCGGCCACCUCAAGACGGUCGGUGGCACUGGCGAGGCGACCGAGCUGCUGCAGGCGGCAUUCCAGCUGCCCGGCGUGCAGCUGGCCAGCGGCGUCGAGGCCGUGGAGAGCUACGGCGUGGUGACGCUGGGCAAGGUCGAGCCUGACAGCUUCGGCGAGUCUUUCAACAUCGCGAAGGAGGGUGCCGGCUUUGUGGGCAAGUUCUUAUACUCCAUUUCACAGCACAGAAACUGGGAUCGGGAGUUGGAUGGUCUGAACACUCAGGUGGCGUAUUAA